AUGGUAGGAUUGAAAGAUAUGCGCUUUCCCUACCCUGAGAACGUAGCCCUCGCAUCCCUCCUCGAAAGCGUAGUCCGAACGAAUGGCGGCAUCCCAGCUACUAUUGGUAUUCUAGACGGUGUAGCACGUGUAGGCAUGGAUCCAGAAGAGCUGAUCAAGCUGGCUUCUUCUGCUGGUAAUCCAAACACAAUGAAGCUCUCGCGACGAGACCUCGGCUAUGUAUGCGGUAUGCGACUGACCGACAAGUCCUUCAAUGGCGGUACAACUAUAUCAGGCACUAUGCUGCUCGCUCACCUCGCUGGCAUUAAGAUCUUUGGAACAGGUGGCCUUGGUGGGGUUCAUCGCGGCGCUGAGUCAAGCAUGGAUAUUUCUGCCGAUUUGACAGAGCUCGGCAGGACUCCGGUCACCGUUAUCUCUAGUGGCUGCAAGAGCUUCCUCGACAUACCACGGACGAUAGAGUAUCUUGAGACCGAAGGCGUAGGUGUAGGCACCUUCGCCGAUGGACGACAAGGCAAUGUAGACUUCCCUGCCUUCUGGUCGAGGGACAGUGGAGUCAAGAGUCCCACGACCAUUGCGGAUGAGAUCGAGGCGGCUGCUGUCAUAUAUGCGCAACACGCACUCCAAAUCUCAUCUGGUCUCCUCUUCGCCAACCCCGUUCCUAUCGAUUUCGCUAUACCCAAGGAUGAAAUGGAUGUGAUCAUCGCCGAAGCUCUGAAACAAGCUGAAGCAGCCAACAUUUCCGGCAAAGACAACACACCCUUUGUGCUUGCUAAGAUCAAGGAGCUCAGCAAGGGCAAGAGUAUACCCGCCAACAGGGCCCUUAUAGAAUCGAACGUGAGACGGGCCACCAUCGUAGCACGAGAGCUUGCCAUACUUGAAGCAAAGCAGGAAGAAGCCCAAGGUCCCGCUUCUACUAUGGGAGAGCAACUGAGUAAUGCACCUCCAUCACCUUCUGAGCCUCCUUCAACUCCCGUUACCUCGAUCUCAUCCACGACCGAGUCUCAACAAGUCCCAGAUGUAGUCGUUGCAGGUGCCCUCGCGGUCGACUUUUCGUGUGACUAUGCUCCGUUUACAGCCUCUACGAGCCAAACAGAACCACUACCUCACACCUCGAACCCAGCAGUCAUCACCCAAACACUGGGAGGCGUAGCGCAUAACAUUGCGAAGGCCUCUCACCUCCUAGGCUCCUUUGUCCAUCUCCACAGUGCCGUUGGCGACGACCUGAGCGGCCGCGCAGCCCUCAGCCAGCUGCAAUCGGAAGGCAUGCCGAUAACCGGUAUCAAAACCCUCCCAGCCCCAUCCCGGACAGCCCAAUACGUCGCCAUCAACAACACGAACAAAGACCUUGCCCUCGCCAUGGCAGACAUGUCAAUCUUAGAAACCAUCCCCAUCGAUACAAUCCAAGAACUCGCGGCCAGCAUCUUCACCACCACCUCUCCCCGCCCCAAAGCCUUCGUCACAGACGCAAAUUGGUCGUCACCCGCUCUACACACCUGGCUCCAAGCCGCCCGUCACCCCGAUACAACCACAAUCUUCGAGCCUGUCUCCACGGCAAAGGCGCUGCGUAUAUUCCCUUCCACCUCCAGCACCACAGCGGCACAAUCCAUCUACCCUCUCCCCCUCGUCGACAUCAUAACACCAAACACCUACGAACUCACCGCUCUCCACGAUUACGCCGCACAAUCCACGCUCUUCGAGUCUCCAGAAUGGUUUGGUGUGAUAGACGCGCUGGGUAUACCCAACGGCGGCUUACGCGUCCCGCUAGCCGUCACCGUAGGAAGUCAACUGGUCGACCAAGGCAUCGCGCAACAAACCAUCAAACUCCUCCCCUUUUUCCCUACUAUCCUGACGAAAUUGGGGAGCAAGGGCGUGUUGAUGACGAAAUUGCUCACGAGCGAUGCGGAGGAGUUGUAUGAUGAGGGGGAGAGGGGGUAUGUUCUUGCGAGGAAUGUGUCGUCGAUGGAUUCAGCUGGUGGAGAUGGGAAGGGCAAAGGCGUUGGUGGUCUUUACAUAAGACUGUUUCCGGUGGAGAAGGUGCUACAGCCCAGUGAGGUGGUUAGUGUGAAUGGGAUUGGCGACACGUUUUGUGGGGCGGUUGCGCAUGGACUUGGGAGGGGGAUGAAGGUUAAGGAUGUUGUGGGGUUUGCGCAGAGGGCGGCGGGGGAGAGUUUGAGGAGUAAAGAGGCGGUGGGGGAGGGGUUGAGGGCGUUGAGGCUGUAG